CUUAUUGAGCCUUAAACCCCAAACAAGACACAGUCGCAGCACCAUUCACUAAAACCACAAACUCUAGAAAUGGCUCUCACUCUGAGGCAUCGCCUUACCAAGUUUCUAACACCUCUUCUUCACGCAGGUGACUGCUGUCAGAAAUCUAGCAAAGCGUUUAACAUAGUGGCUUUAUCCAUAAUGCAUAUGUCAUCUGCUCAGAAGCCGAUUGCUAAUUGGACUCAAGUGAGAGGGUUUCGUGAACACAGGAUCUCAACAAUGGCUGAUAAAAUGCAUGAACCUGCCUCUGAAAUUGAUCUUUUGUCUUUCAUCAAGGCUUCACUGGCUGAGUUUGAAGGCACCGAUCAUUAUUGGUUAAAUAGAUCAGACAAAAAUGAUCAACUUUUUGGAGCUGAUGGAAUAUUUUUAGUUCUUGCUGCAAGGAUUUUUUACUGUGGCAUUGCACUUGAAAAAAUGAAGACAAUUCAUAAGAGGUUUCCUCAUAUUAAUAUUAUGGGUUUGAAAACAAGCCACUCUUCUGACGAUCAAGUGCACCUAAUCCAGUUACUGAUGACAGAAAAUAUAUCAUUCCCCAUUUUGUUGUCUCGGAGGCCAUUUGCUAAGAUAGAGAAAGGUGCGUGCUACAUAUUGUUUAAAAAUUUUAGGAGCCCGGUUAUUUAUCAUGAGAAGGAUGCAGGUCUUGAAAUUCUAAGCCAAGUUGUUCAGGAGUUACAGGUGCAACCUGGUAGUGAUUCUAAGUCGCUCAAUGUAGUGAGAUGUACAUCUUUGAAACAAGAUGGGAUCGUUAAGGAUCAAUGUAGUUUUUCUCCUCUUCAGAAUUUACUUCUAUAUUACCCAGGUUGCAUCUCCACAGAUGAAAGUGAUAACCGCAUGUUCUUUUCUGAUUGCAAUCAUCAUAGGAUUCUCGUAUCUGAUGGAAAUGGAGAGAUUCUGGACUGUAUUGGCUCUUCCCCAGGAUUUGAGGAUGGGGAUUUUGAAUCUGCUAAAUUAAGGCGUCCUGCAGGUUCUUAUUAUCAUGCUACUGAUGAUUGCUUAUAUUUUGUGGAUUCAGAGAACCAUGCUAUCAGGAAAGCUGACAUGGGAGCACGGACAGUGGAGACUCUCUAUCCUUCAAGCGCCUCUAACAAGGGAGGUAUUCACAUAUGGAAUUGGAUCAUGAGCAAGUUUGGUUUAGAAAGUAGAGGGAGGACCAAUGUUGAAGGAAAAUAUGAUGUAUUUGAUUGUAAAUCAUUAUAUUUCCCAUGGCAUUUACUGAAAUCAGUUGAUGACACUCUCCACAUUAUAGACCGAAGGUUUCAAACUUUAUGGAUCAUGAAUAUCAAUUCAGGAAAGAUAGAUGAAGUUUUUGAAGGUUCCAGAAUUCUUGAGAUCUGUGGACAGCCCAUCAUGGAAAGAUUAUCCAUCAUAGAUCAGAUUCCGUGUGAUUGGUUUCAACAGCAACCUAUAAAUGGCUUUUUGCUGGGCGGCCUACCACAUUCUGAUCUUUUAUCUUCACUGGCAACCUUGCAUAAUCACAUUUUCAUUUGUGAUCCAGUUGGACAGAGGAUUCUGAAGGUUAAUGGAGAAUCUGGGGUCUGUUCAAACUUCCAGUUAUCUAAUUUAGGGAUACUUGGAUUACCUUAUUGGCUGAUUUUCCCCCUGGAGACAUUUUAUGCCGUUGGAAAUGGACUUUCUGGUACACCAAUUGAUCAUCUACAACAUUUUGAUUUGCUACCAGGCAGGGUUAACAUACAUUUCAGUGUUGAUAUUCCUACGGAUAUUGAGCUUGUGGAACCAUUACAAGAAUCCUGUAUAUGGUGUCAAGCAAGAGGUGCAGCUACUGAAAUUUCUGGAAUGGACGAAGAUUCAGGAUCCUUAUACAAGGCUGGUGCUGCACAACAGUGGUAUGAUGAAUUAGAUUUUCUUGCGACCCCAAAACCUGAAUCUGAAGUAAAUGUUCAAGAAGAUAAUCUUGAUAAAAAUUCAGUGGUGGAAGAUAAGAAAGUUCACAUUAGCUGUGGGGUCUUUACUAGCCCCGGAACAAGUGAGGUUAUAAUUUAUGCUGUACUGUAUUGUAAACUUAAAAGAGUCCCAAACUCAAAUGAAGGCAACCGGGAGGAACAUGCCGCAAGGAUACUUGAUAUUUUGAGCUCUAAGAGAUCUGGAAAAAUAGAGAGAGGUUUAUGGAAUGCAUUUUUACUGCAAUCUAAGGGUGAUUUGAGAGAUCUUACUUUCAUGAAACCACUACACUUCAGAAUAAGAUUAAAUUGUCUUGAUCAUCCAAAGGCUGAUAACGGAAGGGAUAUUAUCUUAACAGACUCUUCAAUUAAGGUGGACGUAUUGCUCAAUUGACAGUAGAUUCAGGUGCACAGUUGCAAUUUUUUUUUCAUAUCCUUUGUUUUAUUGUUUUGAUUGUAUCAUCACUUAGUGUUUAGUAACCUUCUGUCUCAUUGCUUUUUGCUAGAGUAUUAUUAGCUGGAGGAUGGUUCUCUAUUAAAAUACAUUCUAUUUUUUUUUAUAAAAAUUUAAUUUCAUGUGCCUGGCAUUUUUUUUGCCAAGAUUGUAUUUUUUUUUUUGAAGACCUCUGAAUUAUAACUGAGGCGAAAGGAUUUCUCAUUUGUAUAUUGGUGUGGAACAAAGUGUAUCUCCUAAGUUCAAACAGAUAGAAGGGAAUUAUUUCUUUCAAGAUCA